AUGAUGGCCUCGAAGCGAACACGGGGCGAACGCCAGCCCCUGCUUAGGGAGGUUCCCCCAGUGCCAAUCCAGGAAGACAGCAGCACCUCCCCGGACGACCUGUGCUACGCCCACGAGCACGACACGUCGCACCCGCGCACGACCAGCACAGCCGCCAAGAUCGUCGCCACGACGACCUCGUUCCUCGUGCUGGGCAUGCUCAUCUCGACCCCGGGCGUCGUCCUCCCCCACCUCGAGGCGCACUACCACCUCACCGACGUCCGCGCGAGCCUCAUCUUCCUCAUCGCCCCCUGGGGCUACCUCGCAGGCUCGUACCUCAACGACCCCAUCCACCGGCGCCUCGGCCAGCGCGGCAUCGCCGCCAUAGCCCCCGUGUGCCAGGCCCUCUUCACCACCGCCGCCGCGACGUUCCACGACGCCCGCCGCUGGGGGUUCGAGGUCUUCCUCGUCGCCACCGCGGUCGGCAACUUCGGCGCGGGGCUGGUCGACGGGUCGUGGUGCGCGUGGGCGGGCGGGCUCGGCGGGUCGCGGCGCAACUCCGUCCAGGGCCUGCUGCACGGGAGCUUCUCCGUCGGGGCCGGCCUGGGCCCCUUCCUCGCGGGGACGCUGUUCUCCGUCUACGGGGCCCCGUGGUGGGACUGGUACUACGUCCUCCUCGGCGCGGUCGUGCUGCAGGCUGUCGUGCUGCUGUGGGUGUUCCGGUUCGAGGACGGGGCGCGGUACCGCGAGGCGCUGGCUCUGUCCAAGGAGCCUGCCGAGGUCGACCGGGCCUCGGAGGCGCCGCCGCUUGCAGGGCACGCUGGGGGAGGGGCGUUGAAGCACGCGGUUACCUGGAUCUGUGCGGCUUACUUCCUGGUCUACGUGGGCACCGAGGCCGCCAUAUCUGGCUGGGUCGUGACUUUCAUGCUCCGGGCGCGCCAUGCAUCAACCUACGUCGCGAGCCUGUCGUCCUCGGGCUUCUGGAUCGGCAUGGCAGCGGGCCGGCUCCUCCUGGGACUCGUGACGGACAAGGUGGGCGUGCGAAGCGCCGCCACCGUCUAUGUGGUCAUUGCCAUCGCGGCUCAGGCGGUCGUGGCCGCCGUCGACAUCGCUGCCGUGUCGAUUGUCGCUGUCAUUGUCGUGGGAUUCUUCCUGGGGCCCCUAUUCCCCUCGGGCAUCGUCGUGCUGGCACGACUGCUACCCAAGGACCUGCACGUCGGCGCUGUGUCCUUUGUUGCCUCUGUUGGCCAGCUCGGGGCGGCCUUCGGGCCGUUUGCCAUGGGCGCGAUGGUGCAGCUGUUGGGCAUUCGGAUCUUCCAGGCCUUCAUCCUCGCAUUACUCGUGGUGGCGCUGCUGAUUUGGCUCGCCUUCCCGAGAUUACCGCCUGUUGAAACGGAUGGUGGUGGCUCGGGAAGUGCCGAGGCCGCCAACCAUGAUGCUGGGAGGAGAGGACCUUGA